GAGCUCCUCACACCUAAGCUCCGCACCCACCGGGUCCGCACGUGCCCGGCGUCGUCGUCGCCGUCGGGGAUGUCGGCGCUGGAGUGGUACGCCCACAAGGCCCUGGGCGACGGCAUCUUCUGGAUCCAGGAGCGCUUCUACGAGUCCGGCCACCGCGCCAACAUCUGGCUGGUGCGCGGCUCCCGGCAGGACGUGCUCAUCGACGCGGGGCUGGGCCUCAGGAGCCUCCCCGACUACCUGCGGGACGCCGGCCUCCUCGGGGACCCCGCCGGGGACCCGGCCGGGGACGGCGGCGAGGCCCGGGCCCGGCGGCCGCUGCUGGCCGUGGCCACCCACGUGCACUUCGACCACGCCGGCGGGCUCCACCAGUUCGAGCGGGUGGCCGUGCACGGCGCCGAGGCCCAGGCGCUGGCCCGGGGGGACAACUUCGAGGCGGUCACUUGGCUGCCCGGCCGCCACGUGGGCCGCGCGCCCGGCCCCGGCUGGACGGCCCGAGCCUUCCGAGUCCGGCCCGUCCGGCCCACCCACAUCCUGCACGACGGUGAUGUCAUCAGCCUCGGUGACAGACAGCUCACGGUUAUGCACAUGCCUGGUCACUCCAGGGGGAGUAUUUGCUUGCACGACAAAGACCGGAAGAUACUGUUCAGCGGAGACGUGGUCUACGACGGCUCGAUGAUCGACUGGCUCCCGUAUAGCAAAAUCAGCGACUACGUCAGAAGCUGCGAGCGUCUUCUAGAGUUAGUGGACCGGGGUCUCGUAGAAAAGGUUCUUCCCGGGCACUUCAACACUUUUGGGGCUGAGAGGCUUUUUCGAUUAGCCUCCAACUACAUUUCCAAAGCCGGAAUAUGUCACAGAGUCUCUACUUGUGCUAUGAGGUCCCUGGCGAGUUUAGCCCUCCGCGUGACAAACUCCCGACACACUCCUUAAGUGGAGUACCCCUGCUUCACUAAAUGGUCAGUGGUUGAGUCUCUUCAAUGGCUUCUGAUAAGCAAGUUGGAAAAAUUGCUCUUAUGGUGUUAAAAAGUCCGAGACUCAACAGGCCCCACAAAAGUAUUUAUUUAUUUUUCCAUGAGACAAGAAACCACUAAAAUAAGCUAGUAUCUUGCCAGAGCUCCUGCCUUUCGAUACUUUUUAGUUGGGGGCAGGAGAAAGUUGGAAAGGGAAGAUCAGAAUUGUACCACGUUUACUGGUCAAAGAUUCAUUUAUUCCCCCUAAGGUUCAAGAUGCCUCAGUUGAAACACAAGGUUUAUGUUUGAACUCCAAACUUAACAUCCUUACUGUGUCAAGAAGCUGAAUUUGGUUUCUUCACUCUCUAAUAUUUUCACUAUCUAGAAAUGCCAUCCAACUCUCAGUGUUCAGUUUAAAGCAACAGCAGUACCAUUCCAUGGCUAUUCCUAGUAUUGGAUUCAUGUAUGCUGCACUUUAUUCUUCAUGCAAUUCUGUGAAGUGUAUGUGCGUCACAUUUUUGAAAAACAAAGCACAUUGAUGUUUAAUGCAAAGCUUUAAAAACAGCAGAAGUGCUUGAGUCAAAUGGUGGAAUGUAGUGUUCACUUCAGCUUUAGUAUUUUUCAAACAAAGUAAGAUUUCAAGUGCAUAAUUAACCUGCAAUCUAGGUUCUUUGAAAGGAUACUGUCAGGCAAGCUUCAAAAUAUAGGUGCAAUAUUUGAGUAAUUAUUUUCAAAGCUACAAUCAAGAUUACUCUAUCAAUAACAACCUCACUGGUUAUGUAACAUUUCACACUGCCAAAGCAACUCUUUUAGGUGCCCCAGAAGAAAAUUGCAUCUUGUCUUCUUGACCUCCUAGAGUAUCCUACAAAGAAAGAAACCCAAGACUUGCAAUGAUUGCCUUGUUCUCUCAAGGCCCAAACAACAGAAACUCACAUUUUGAAGUGGAAGCUGGGUAUUGGCACGGAGUCCUUUAUCUCUCUUCCAUUCCUUCUUUGUUCUGGGUAGUCAGUUCUGCCAUUACAUGUGCUUUCACUCCCUGUGUCGGUUAGAACACGAUGGUGGAAAUUAAGGAAUUUGUGUGUGUGUGUAUAUCUGGAAAGAAUGGGAUGUGGUGUCGGAAGAAACUUGUGCACAUGUAUCUGAACACGGGGUGAGGGCUAAAAACUGGAUUUCCUUUAACGGGAAUUCUUCAAGAAUGCAUAUCCUUGAUAUGUAGAACUGACUUACUUGGAAAAUCGUACAGGGGAAAAGGAAGCCAUUCUGUAUCCUUCAGAACUGUUUCCUAGAAGACCCUUUUCCUUGGAACCCAGAACACUGCUCAGCUACAGACUGGAAUUGUAUCUUUCCUAAGGUGGCUUUUCCACUGGGUGAGCCUUAAAUUUUUAACCUAUGUCAUUGAGAGUGUAGCGUUGUGGAAGCGGCAUUCCAAUUUAUUUAAACUGGGUCUUAAACAGUUCUGCCAUUACACGUGCUUUCACUCCCUGUGUCGGUUAGAACACGAUGGUGGAAAUUAAGGAAUGUGUGUGUGUGUUUAUCUGGAAAGAAUGGGAUGUGGUGUCAGAAGAAACUUGUGCACAUGUAUCUGAACACGGGGUGAGGGCUAAAACCUGGAUUUCCUUUAACGGGAAUUCUUCAAGAAUGCAUAUCCUUGAUAUGUAGAACUGACUUACUUGGAAAAUCGUACAGGGGAAAAGGAAGCCAUUCUGUAUCCUUCAGAACUGUUUCCUAGAAGACCCUUUUCCUUGGAAUCCAGAACCCUGCUCAGCUACAGACUGGAAUUGUAUCUUUCCUAAGGUGGCUUUUCCAUUGGGUGAGCCUUACAUUUUUAACCUAUGUCACUGAGAGUGUAGCGUUGUGGAAGCGGCAUUCCAAUUUAUUUAAACUGGGUCUUAAACAGGCAAUUUUAUAAUAUCAGAAAAUGGAUAACCUCGAUAUUCAAGUCCUUUUCAGAUUAGAGGCCAUUCUGAGGAACACUUGGCGUUUGCCUCUAGCCUUAAGUAGGAGCUGCACUAAAUUUCAGUGCCUGGGGAGAGAGGGAGAAUGUUUUUUUGAAAAUCACAAGAAAUAUUUUUAUGAUUUAAAAAAUGAGUCACGAAGCUAGCUUGUCUGCAUUUACACCAUAUAAACAGUGGCAUCCCACACUUAAAUAUACGGAUUGUAGCAUUUUUGCUCCUGGUUUAACCUAAACUAUGGAAAAGCUAAUUCAUCAUGAACUUGAUGUAAACUGUCCUGUUUGUCUUUACAGGUCAAGCUGAGUUGUGCCUAAAGUAAAAUAUGUUGAUUAUAAAACCGAAGUGUUUUUAAAAUACAGAUGAGAAAGUUAAAAUAUACAUAUUUUUUACCCUGACAGUGACCCUUUAACUCUGAUGAUGCAGUUUAUUUUCCGUAAAGUGUUAAAUUGAGGUUGAGUUCUAAGUUGCCUAACUUGAAGCUAUCUAGGAUGUGUUUUUAGUGUGUAUAUGGCCAGUGCUUCACCUUUGGUCGUUUAAGUUUCUUAAUUGCUGCUUUUCAUUAAGAGGUAAAAAGAAUACCUAAGUAUUUAUAUGUUUUAUCUAUUAACUGUGAACAAAACGUCCCUGAUGUUUAAGUAAAAUUGUACAUCAUCUUUGUUCUUACUUGGAUGGUAAUAAAUGUGUAAUA